GCAGCCUUCGUCCGUCUGAGGAACACUUUCCCUUUUCACAUCUCUACUUAUAUCUAUCUCUCUUUCCCAUCGAUACCCCUUCACGACCAUGGAUACCCAGGGCUUUGUCACCGUACAGCACAAGAAAGCCCGCAAGAACCAGACCCGCACGCCUCCGAGGAGACGGGGCAGACAGACCUCAGGCUGGUCGAAGCAUGCAGGCCAGGACCCCGCCCAGGAGUGGGCGGAGCAGCUGGGGGCAUUCCAGCCCCAGGCGGACGUUGCGGCCUGGCAGGACACACCCGUCCCUGAGGAAGACGAUCCCCCCACAGCCUUGACCCCCCACAACCUGAAGAAGCACGAGCCACAGUGCGAAUUUAACCUCGACCGUCUCCACUACUGGAUUCCCUUCUGGAGAGACUGUGUCUCUCUUGCCCUCGACGGGCGUGAUUUCCCAACGACCAUGGAGUUUUACGACAAGCUUUACGAGGAGGUCGGCCGCCUGGGCUGGAAGCUCAACGGCGGAUACGGCCCCGUCGUAGAGACAGGGUGGGGUCUCUCCUACAAUGGCAAGUGGGGCAAUGCCAGCGACGCAGGGUGGAAAGGCGGCAACGGCUUUGGAUGGGGACGAAAGUGGGCUGAUCCCGUGGCCGACGCGGUCGACGAGGGUUGGAAUGCCAGCGCUGGUAAUGGUUGGAAUGCGGUAGAUGCCCAAGCGGACGGACGCCAGAACGACGACGGCGAGAACGGCUGGAGUGCGGAGCGCGAGCAGGAGGAGCGCAAGCCGGCGGCCAAGAGGCCGCGCCGUCGUCGUCCUGCGAGAGGGAAGCGGACACCUCAGGGUGCUGCUGACCAGACCGUUCCGUUUGGGCAGACCAAUCGCUGGAAAUAGAUGUAGGAAUUCUUUUUAUUGCCGGCAGGAACGAAGGUGUAGCUGAUAUGAGGCGGCUGAAUCUCACUACUUCGCCUGAUUUGCUUUCUUUCCCCUUUCGCACAUCUUUGCGCACUGGACGUUUAUUUUCAUUGCUAAGUAUUCAGGACCCCGUUGGUUGUAUAAUAGGACUAAUCACGCUUUGGCGCCGGGUGUCUGCUGCCGGAAGUUAUCUCAUCUGUGUCACGCCUCCUCUAGCCUCUCUACGAAUAUUGUAUUAUAGGAUGUCAAGGUUUGUGCGCAGCACUGAGUCUGUGCUCUGUGCCAAGGCUGUGUCUGCGCGUGACGUGAUCGGGAGUGGUGUAAGGAUAUUACCGUAAAUGGCGGCCGGCUCCAGCCUACAUAUAGCGGGGCGGAUCCACUCUGCAGUCUCACAGUACUCUGCACACAUUUUCACUCUCAAUAUCAUCGACAUGUCCUACGAUCCCAACGAGCUGCCAGAAGGCUGGGUUAGGGAGCUUGAUACGACCCAUAACCACCCGUUCUGGGUAGAUACUAAGGCGAAGCCUCCACGCUCCAUCUGGACACAUCCUUACGACGACGAGCUGUUCUUGCGCGAGCACCCCGAUAUCAGAAAGAGGCUUGGCAAGAACCGCGAUAAGCUUUCGCCAGACGAUGCUCCUCCGCCGUACUCGCCCAGACGUCAUUCGUUUUCGGGAACUUCUACCGCAGGUCCCUCGCGCCCAAGGCCGGGCUCGAUCCGCGACUCAGCCUCUCAGCCUGGCACUCCCAUGCAGGUGCCAGGGGCUGACAACCAGAAGCACCGCGGGUUCUUCGGCAAGCUGAAGGACAAGGCGGUUGGCACGAAAGAGGAGCGAGAAGAGGCUAAGCGGCAGGAGGCUUUGCGCAUGCAACGUGUGGCAGAACAGCGCCGGAAAUAUUAUGAGGAGCUGCGCCGCCAGGAACGUCAGGCGAUGUCCUCCAGGCAAGACGGCUACUACCAGCAACAGCCUCGGUACUGCCAGCCUCGGUACGGCUAUGGCCAGUCAGUGUAUGCUGCGCCGGUUGGCAGCCCCUUCGGCGGGGGAUAUUCGCGCUAUGGCGGCCGACAGACUUACGGCAACAGUGGUUUCGGUGGUAAUAAUCUUGCACUCCCCCUGAUUGGUGGAUUGGCUGGCGGAUUGCUACUUGGAGACAUGUUGGAUGGUGGAUUCGGUGGUGGCGGCUUUGGUGGCGGGUUCUUCUAA